AUGGAGUUGAAUGACAUUUCUGUUAAAACAAGGGAUACAGUUAAGAUUAUUCAGCAACGUUUGAAUGAAUUAUGUUAUUCAUCAUGUGAAAAUGGAGAUGAAGAGAAUAUCGAACAACGUUUGGAAGAUAUUUUAAAUGAGUUAGAUUUAAAUAAUCAAAAAUAUUUGAUUGAUGUAGAAGAUAAUCGCGGUCAAAGUCCAUUGUUUUAUGCAAUUGAAACACAAAAAUCUCUUAAAUUUAUAAAAAUAUUAUUGGAACAUGAUGCUCGAAUAACCGAUAAAAUUCUUGUAUGUGCUGUACGUAAAUGUAAUUUCGAAAUAUUAGAAUUAUUAAAAACAUAUGGUGCUAAUUUUAAUAAAACAGUCAAUGGAUGGUCAUUACUUCACGAUAGUGUUCUAUUACAUAAUAAUGAAUUACUUGAAUAUUUAAUUGAUCAAGGUAUUGAUCCAAAUGGUGUUGAUGGUGAAAAUCAAACACCUCUUCUAUUGGCUGUUUAUCGUUCGAAUAUUGAUGUUAUUCGUUUAUUAUUAAAAUAUCCAAAUGUUGAUCCGUGUGUUGUUAAAACGGCUAAAAAAGGUUUAACAUCAUUGCAUGUAGCAUGUGAAAUUGGUUUAGAUGAUGUAAUACCAUUAAUGAUAAAAUCAAGUUCAUCAAAUUUAAUAAAUAGACAAAAUACUAAAGGACAAACAGCAUUUGAUUGUUUUUUAUCAUGUUAUUUAUUCAAUAAAAAUGAUCUUUAUAUGAAUGAAAAUGGUUUAAAAGUAUUUACAACAAUAUUUAAUGUAUUUGUAGAAUAUGGAGGAAAAUUAAAUCGUUUAUCAAAAUCUUAUCGUCGAACAAGAGCACCGUAUAUUGUGAAAAUUCUUACAAUAUUAUUUCAAAAAAAUGAUGAAUUUUUUAAAUUAUUUAUUAAUCCUGAAAUAAUGAUAAAUGAUCUUGAACAAUUGAUUUAUGAUUCACUUUCUGAUACAAUACGUUUAGCAUCGUUUAAAGGUGAAAUAAAAGUUUCAAUUGAACAAACAAAACAAAUAAUGAAUGAUCCAUUAUUACGUGAAUAUUUAAUAAAAGAAAAAUUAUUACGAGAACAAAUUUUACGUGAAGUAUUUGAUCUCUUUUUUCUUGUUCAUAAAUCAUCGUUUAUUAAUCUUACAUAUAAUCAAUUAUUACAUAAUUGUCAUGUAGAUUCAACAAAACCAAAAAUUAGACAAGCACUAUGGUUAUUAAUUAAAGAUUUUUAUUAUAUACGAACAUCAGACGAUGGAUCAGUGACACUUAAAUCAGCAUGUAGAAAAAAUAUUUUACUUAAUUUAAAAUCAAUUCAAACAUGUUGUUAUACAAAACAAUUAGAAAUACCCAAAUAUCUUGAAAAAUAUUUAUUAUUUUUAGAAUAA